AUGUGCGCUUUCGCGGCGCUGCCUCGUGAUGGUUACUACGCCGCCAACGAGCCCGCACUCGACGACCCGCGCGCGCUUCUCGAGGCCGACAACGAUGCCUCACAUGACUCCGUUGACUCGGUUGACUUGGAGAGUCCGCGGGUGCUGCGCAAUGUGGCGACGGACUUGAAGCGGUCGUCGGACGACCUGAGCGGCGCCGUGAAGGAUUCCAUCGGGCAGGCGGGGAGGAACGUGCAGAAUUCGUUCGACAGAACGUUCCGCACUGGCAAGUUCGCGGCGCCCAAGCGCCACGGCGGGAGGAAGCACCCGCGGGGAGGCGCUCCUAAGCGCAAACCGCCCGCCGCCCCCAAGCUUCCAGCUGCGCCCGCUGUUAAAACGCCAGCCGGUGCGAAGGAAACCAAGCAGGCGCCUCGAGAUAAGGCCAACUCGGGUGCAGCCCCCACGACUCCCGCUGCUCCCACUGCUGCUCCCGCUGCCGGCAAGCCAGCCCCUAAAACGAAGCCGGUGAAGGGCAACGCGGGUGCUGUCCCCAAGGCGCCUGUUCCCGCUGCUGGCGCGCCGGGUGUUCCGCCUAAGCAGGCGGGAGCUGCAGACAGCGCGGGCGCAGCCCCCAAGCUGCCCACCGCUCCCGCUGCUGCUGGCACGCCGGGUGUUCCGCCGAAGCUGGAGGGAGCUAAAGAGAACCCUGGCGGCGCAGCCAGCCAGCCACGGGUUUUGACUGAGGAUGGUGAUGACGUGGAGAACAGCGCUGACUUGGUUGACUCCGUUGACUCGAUUGACCCGGUUGACUCGGCUGAAUCUGUUGACUCGGUUGACUUGGAGAACCCGCGGGUGCUGCGUAAUGUGGCGGCGGACUUGAAGCAGUCGUUUGAUGAUUUCAGCGGUGCCGUGAAGGAUUCAAUCGGGCGGGCGGGGAGGAACGUGCAGAAUUCGUUCGAUCAAACGUUCCGCACUGGCAAGUUCGCGCCCAAGCCGCGCCGCGGCGGGAGGAAACACAAGCGGGGAGGCGCUCCCCCUAAGCGCAACCCGGCCGCCGCCCCCAAAACGCUCACUGUCCCCAAAACGCUCACUGUCCCCAAGACGCCCACUGUCCCCAAGACGCCCACUGUCCCCAAGAUGCCCACUGUCCCCAAGACGCCCACUGUCCCCAAGACGCCCACUGCCCGCAAGCCGCCCACUGCCCGCAAGCCGCCCACUGCUCCCGCUGCUGGCAUGGCGGCCGUUCCGAAGCGCACCGCGGGCGAUACGGGCAACGCAGGCGCAGAAUCCAAGCCUCUUACUGCUCCCACUGCUGGCAUGGCGGGUCCCGCGGGCGAUAAGGGCAUGGCGAGUCCCGCAGGCGAUAAGGGCAUGGCAGGCGCAGAAUCCAAGCCGCUCACUGCCCCCGCUGCUGGAAUGGCGGGUCCCGCGGGAGAUAAGGGCUACGCGGGCGCAGAACCCAAGCCGCUCACUGCUCCCACUGCUGGCACGGCGGCGGCUGGGAAAUAG